AUACCAGGAAGCUUUUGCGAAUGCGUUCGCGGAUCGCGCCUGGUGGCUACUAGCCUGAGGUAGCUGUGUGACUGGUUGUUGCGAGCUGGAAAAUGUGUCUGAGUUCGGUCCACGCGGCUCUGACCGACCUCAAGUCCCUCCAAGCGGACAUUGGAACCGGGAUGGACUUAUUGACAGAAGUUGCUGUGGAUCUAGUCGAGGCUAAGGUGGCAAAUGUGGAUUCCGAACUGAAGAAAUUGGAGGCCAUGAUUCUGGAGUGCGCUCAGUUCGACAGCGAGAUAAACAACUAUGUUGAUGUUGUGCAUCAGGUCACGACUGAGGCUUCCUCUCAAGAGCCAGACAUGAUGCUCCAUUUGGUCGACGCCGUGAAUGAGCAGCUCGCAGCGACAGCCACACUGUCUGACCACAGUCUUCCAAGUCACCCCAAAGUUGUGGCCUUCAAGGAAAGCGUCAGGGGCGCCGGGAGCCAAGACAGCCAACAGUUGGAGGAGCUGGACCAAGACCUCGCCAUCACACACAGUCAAGUCAACUUCAAGUGUCCUCUUACUCAGGUGGACAUGGAGAAUCCGGUGAAGAACCAGAAGUGCAGCCACCGGUACGAUGAAGCGGCCAUAUUGAAUCUGAUCAGAAAGAGGCACAGCCAGAAGAAAAAAUGCAGAUGUCCCAUAGUCGGCUGUGGCAACCUGGAUGUGAAGGAGUCAGACUUGAUUCCAGACGUGGUGCUGAGGAGAAGAAUACAGAGUGAGAAGAACAGCCGCUGACAGCUGCACUGAGCUGAAUGGGUCUUUCCUCAGCAACACACUUGAGUUCAUGGAUGCAUCUCGAGUUCUAGUUCUCCCGUUGCUGCUUUUCCUCAGCAGAUGGAGUUGCCUCGUGGCUUCUCUUUGGUGCCUCUCAGAAUGCUUAUUCCGCAAAUGGUUAUUCAUUCCCCCUCUGGUGUACGAGGCUUGAAUAGUUGAGGAGUUAAAAGGUUAAAAACUGGGUCUGGAUAAAAAUGCAAUCGAUUAAUGUGUGGACAAAUAUCUACAUUAGUGUAUUUAGGUUUCAAGGUCAACCAUGCACAUUUAAAGACACGUCCUCCCCAUGUCCUGGGUUCACAGAGGUCAUGUUUCUCUCCUGGGUCUGAUGAAACCAAAACCUGUUAAGAAGGAACUUUGUCAACAAACAAAUCAGCUCAGUCAUUCAUAAGUCCUCGGCUCUAAAGUCCAAACCGUGCCGCGUCGUCUAGUUGACCAGAGGGAGGGUAGAGCUCAGGAAUGAGUGUUUAUCUUGAAGCAUUUUCCGAAAUUAAAUGUAUAAAUCCCUCCGUCGACAUUCUGGAGCUGAAUAGAAGAAGAAGAAACUGUGUUAAACUAUUGAAUAAACGUUGUUUUUCUUGUCAUGA